AUGAGCUUGCAGAAUAAUUGGGAGUUGAUGAUUCAACCAUUUCUAGAAGCUUACAUGCACUCGGAAUGGUCCAAAAGCCAAAAAAAUUGGGUGACAUACGAACUGAAAUCAAGAGACGUGGAAACGAGAUUUUUCACUUGUGAACAGCUAAUUCAACGGCAAAGACGGAAAGGGUUUCUGCAACGUAUUGUCAUUAUCAUCCAUCAGAGUGCUUCAAAUACCGUCAAGAAUUCCCAGAGUGUUCCUAAGAAAGCAACAGAAAGAAGGGAUGGCGGACCUUCUUGUACACCUACUGAAAUUAUUUCGAAAAUAAAUUUUGAUGCCAAGACUUCAACUGAAAUGAUUUUAUUCGGCAAUGACAAAACUUUGAAAAUAAAGGAAGGAAUAAUCCAAGUUCAAGAGACUGCAGGACAAAAAUGUAAAGAAACACAUGAAUCCACAUUUUGUGCUAUACUUAUAGAAGAUGGUGAUAAUUUGACUGCUAAAGAAAAAUUAUGGAUCCCAGAGAUGAAGCUAAUUCAAGAAUCAACACAGGAAACGAGGAAAAAUACAAAUGUGAAAAUUAAGCAGAGUGCUUCAAAUAACGUGAAGAAUGCUCAGAGUGUUUCUAAGAAACCAACAGAAAGAGAGGAUGGCGCGCCAUAUUCUGAUACAUCAACUGAAAUGAAUUGUAAUACCAAGACUUCAACUUGCAUAAUUGAAUAUGACCAUGAUGAAACUUUGGAAAUCAAGGAAGGAAUAAUCAAAGGCCAUCAGAGCGCUUCAAAAAACGCCAAGAAUUUCCAGAAUGUUCCCAAGAAAUCUACAGAAAGAAAGGAUGGCGGACCUUCUUGUACACCUACUGAAAUUUCUUCUAAAAUGAAUUCUAAUGCGAAAACUUCAAGUUGCAUAAUUGUGUACGACAAUGAUGAAACUUUGGAAAUUAAGGAAGGAAUAAUCCAAGCUCCAGAGACUACCGUUGAAGAAUGUAAUGAAAUAUAUGAAUCAACAUUUUGUGCAGUAUAUAUAGAAGAAAAUGAUAAUUUGACUCCUAAAGAAAAAUUGUGGAUCGAAGAGAUGAAGCAAAUUCAAGAAUCAACACAGGAAACGGGAAAAGACUACAAAUGCGAAAAGUGUGCUAAAACCUAUAAAUGGAAACGUAGCUUGACUGCUCAUCAAAAGUUUGGAUGCGACGUCGUUCCAAAGUUUAAAUGUAAAUUAUGUGAAAAACGAUUUAAACGGCAAUAUGACCUUAAUAACCAUGUUCACCGCAUGCAUCAGAAAACAAACUCAAAGAAGUCGAAUUUCAGGCAUACUUGCGACAAAUGUUUUCAAAGUUACUGUAGUGUAACAGCUUUAAGUCGACAUAGACGUUUAUCCCAUGCAGCAGUCAUACCGCAAUUUUUUUGCGACAUUUGUGGCAUUAAAAUGAAUCGAAAAAGUAAUUUGGUAGCACACAUUGCUACUCGCCAUUCGAAAUAAUUCAGUAAGCGCAACUUGAAUCACUGCGCAACGUUUGCCUGCGAGAGCGUGGAAGAAGGUUUGCCAACUUAUAAAAUUCGUGUACUCUAGCUCAUCGAAACUGUCUGUAACGUAGGUCAUAGCCGUAGAUUCGGACGAUUUUUUUAGGUUCAAAUAAUUGAUUAAUUUUAAAAGUGUUUAUUGUGUCAAAAGAAUUGUUGGGUGCUGCGUUUUAAAAUGUGGAAUCGGAUUGAUUACUAACUCGAGUCGAAAGCACUUAUUUAUAUAAAUAUUCAGAGUGACAACAAGACAGCACUUCUUUUAGGUUAUUUUUUUUAAAUUCAUCAGCAGUACAUGAAUUUUUUAAGUUGUCAAACCUUCUUACGCGCUCUUUCGGAGGCUAACUUUUCGCUCGUUAGUGUUAAGCCGAACUUUUGAAAUGACAUAAAUAAUUUUGUGUUAUACUUGCUAAAGAAGUGAUACAUUGUACGUCUGUUUUACAAGCACAAGAUGAUAAAUUCUCCACGAAACCAUUAUGAAAUUUGUUAAAUAUAUAUUUCUUCACGCCAAACAACGCUGCAGCCAUCUCUUAAUAUUUAAAAUAUAUAUAUAUAGAAUAGGCUUAUCAAAUUUUGCGUCAAAUAAGCCCUAGCUGAAUAAAUUUAGCAUUGAGGGUAUUGAAUUAUCACACGAGAAAGACAAAAAUAAAAAUGCGACUUUUAAUAAAUUUUGAACUUCAACUAAAACUCUUGCCAGGGGCUAGGAAAAUAUAUUUGUAAUUUUAUAUUUCAUGAAAGUAUGUUUUAGUACUUUGCCUUUCAUUUGAGCCAUCAAACAUUAAAAAAUGUUAACGGUUUUUUGCGGUGAUGUAUUUUAAAUUUAGAAUGCUCGCCCAAAAAAAUUAUUAUUUCAUGAACCCGAAAAAAUUCUUUCUUAAAAUAGGAAUUUUAUUUUUGUCUUUCUUACGCGAUAAUAUAAUGCCCGCAAUGCCAAAUUGCUUCAACCAGCGCCUUUUAAAACGACGGCUAGUUUUUUUAAUACUUCACUCUUUUAGUGAUCCGAUAUUAUCCGUCGACAGUGUAUCAAAAAGAACAAUUUAAUUUUUUUAAGGAAUUUUAAAUUCAAAUCUUUGCAAGGGUUAGAAACAUGAAUUUAUUAAUUUGAUAUUUCAUAUAAGUAAUCUUAAGGAUUUUUUCUUAUAUUUUAGCGAUUAAACAUUGAAAAUGCUCUACGGGUUUAUAUUUAAUGACUCAAAUAAACAGUAAAAUCAUAUAUGUCAUUUUUGUAAAAUAUCAAAUUAUACAUUUGUUUUCCUAGCCCCUGCCUAGAGUUGAAGUUAUGGUAUAAAAUCGGAAUUUAAUAUCCAUAAGAAAAUAAUCUAAUAUUAGAAUUAAUUAAUAUAAAUACUAUUGUAAUUUUUAUAACUAUAAUUUUUUCUUACAUUUCUUAGAAUUUAUAAUUAUAAAUUAAUAUCCAUUUGGCCACAUUAUUUCACGUAGGACUCGUUUAGCUCAGAAUUUAAUUAAAUUUCUAAUUGUUUGCUUUGAAUAUUUUUGUAUUUCUAUUUUGGACGGUGCUAUCACCUUUCAAAUACAAAAUUAAUUUUCAAUAGGUCAUCCUGUUAGCUGUCCAAUAUUAUCCGUCGGUAGAUACUAGAAAGUGUUUCUAUUAUAUAAGAAAA